AUGUUUAAAAAAGAUGUCUCCUUAGGCGCAAGGUCCAAAGUCAAAUCCUCCGUCCAGCGCGCUAUCAAACAAAAGCUCGUCGAGACAUAUCCCGGCUUUGAGCCCUAUAUCGAUGAGCUAAUACCCAAAAAGGCUUCGCUGGAGGCUGUCAAGCUACACGUCCCAGACCGCGUAACCCUCUACACAAUCGACUCGCGCCCCAUCCUCUAUCAAUCAUUCGACAACCCUCCGAUCCCCCACCUGCGAGUCCUACACCAAUUCCCCGAUGCCGUCCAUACCAUCGGCAUAGACCGGGGCGCCAUCCGCUUCGUCCUCUCGGGCGCUGCACUCAUGGCCCCCGGCCUCACUUCAGCCGGCGGCAGCCUGCCGGACCCCGCGAACAAUCCCGGCGAAAGAGAGAUUGAGGCUGGGGAAGUGGUGGCGAUUAAGGCGGAAGGGAAGGAGGAGAUUUGCAUGGUUGGGCCGUUGAAGGUGGGCACGGAGGAGAUGAAGAAGAAAGGGAAAGGGGUUGUGAUGGAUGAAGGGCAUUAUUUGGGGGAUGGGCUCUGGAAGAUUGAACUUGUGGGGUGA